AUGAAGUCUGAGGUGCCAGAGGUGGAACAUCCCAAGUCGGAUAAUGAGGAGACACUGACCACUACAAGUGCAGUCAAAGAGAUCCAGCUGGUGGACGAGGUGCCAGAAGAACUGAAUCAAGAAAUGAUGAAGGUACAGGCAAUAGAGAAGGGACUGAAAGCGCAGGUUGGGACUGUUAGGACAAAGCUUAGAAAAGAAUCCAAGAAAGAGUCUGUGAAUCAAGAGAUGGAAGGGGAUUACCGCGUGAUCGAAGAAGAGCUCAGUGAGAGCAGAGAUGCGGUAGAAAAGCUGCAGCUGUGGGAAAAAUUGACCAUGGAGAAGAAAGCAAAAGACCCCGAGGAGCAGCUCAAGAGGGAGCAGAAUGUAUAUGGAGAGAAGAACUGCACCAUUGAGAGGCAGCUCCAGGAGAGCAGUAAUCAGGUUGCUGAGUUGCGCCGACAGUUGGACAUUCUGGAGGAGAAGUCCGUACAGGUCGGUGCAGGAAACAUAGUAACAGCCUUCCCAACUUGGACGCCGAAGCAAGAUGAAGCAGUCUUUCAGCAAUCACAGACGACUCAG